AUGAUCCAGUCACUUGCCCCUUCGGUUUCCCCUCCCACCGAGCCUUCCCAAACCCAGGCACAGGCUCGGCCCGGGGCUGAAUCCCCAAACCUGAAAGCACAGGCUCAUCUGUCAAGUGGUGGUGAUGCUGACCUGUCAGGAUCAAAUCGUGGUGCUGACGUGUCAACAUCGAAUCGCAAUGCUGAUCUGUCAGCACUAGAGGCGUCGUGUCGGGCGAUUAUUGCAGCAGCAGCAGCAGCAGCAGCAGCAGCAGCAGCAGCAGCAGCAGCAGCAGCAGCAGCAGCAGCAGCAGCAGCAGCAGCAGCAGCAGCAGCAGCAGCACUUACAGCAGCGUCAACAGCAGUGGCAGCAGCAGCCGCAGCAACAGCAACCACGACAGCACCAGCAGGACCAGCAACUUCAGAAGCAGCCGCAGUGGCAACCGCAGCCGCAACAACAGCAGCAACCGCAGCAGCAACAUCAGCAGCAACCGCAGCAGCAGCAACAUCAGCAGCAACUACAGCAUCAGCAACAUCAGCAAAUGCAGCAGCAGCAACAUCAGCAGCAACAUCAGCAACUGCAGCAGCAGCAGCAACCUCGGCAGCGGCAGCAGGUAGAGGUGCAAGUGUGGGCGCAGAGGCAGGAGAUACGGCAGGUUCAAGCGCUGCACCAGCAGCAAGGGCAGCAGCAGCAAUUGGUGCAGCGGCAGCAACAGGGGCAGCAGCCGCAACUGCAGCAACAGGGGCAGCAGCAGCAACUGCAGCAACAGGGGCAGCAGCAGCAACUGCAGCAACAGGGGCAGCAGCAGCAACUGCAGCAACAGGGACAGCAGCAGCAACUGCAGCAACAGGGACAGCAGCAGCAACUGCAGCUGCAAUUUACGCAGCAGCAGCAUCGACAGCAACAGCAACACCAACAGCAACAGCAACAGCAACAGCAGCAACAGGGGGGACAGCAGGUGCAAAACCAGUCACCUUCAAGUCUCCCAAGCUUCAAGUCACCUUCAAGUCUCCCAAGCUUCAAGUCACCUUCAAGUCUCCCAAGCUUCAAGUCACCUUCAAGUCUCCCAAGCUUCAAGUCACCUUCAAGUCUCCCAAGCUUCAAGUCACCUUCAAGUCUCCCAAGCUUCAAGUCACCUUCAAGUCUCCCAAGCUUCAAGUCACCUUCAAGUCUCCCAAGCUUCAAGUCACCUUCAAGUCUCUGCUUCAGUUACGGUUUCUUUGA